AUGAACGAUGAGCUGCUGCGUCAGCGUCGAAGGGAAGAAGAGGCUGUCCAGUCGGACUUGAAGGCGCCCAUGGAUGACUUGUCGUCGACGUCAUCUGCAGACAUAAAGGGUUCUCCGCGGCGGUGUGCGUGCAACCGAUCGGAAGGUUGCUUCUGCGGUAAUCAUCGAAUCCUGUCUCCCACGUUGGUUGCGAUACCAGGCUUGAUUUUUCUCUUGCUUCUGUUCUUAGCUCUAUUUGCGGUGGGUGCGGCGAUUGCUUUCUAUUUGACCAACACCACCUUUGCGAUUUUGGACAAUGCGGCGGGUUCGGACACGGAGUCAACGUUGGCUAUCGAAAAUGAUACGAUCUUGGUGGACAUCAAGGUGCCUUUGUUUACCUAUGUCCCCUCGCUAGUUCCGAUUCCGAUCUCGAGCAAAGAAAUGACAGUUUCCUUUUCUCCGAUUUCGAACGGGAGUUCUCUGCGAGGCAUGGAGCUCGGUGCGAACAAGAUGCUGGCGCGCAACCACACCAAGGUAUCAUCUAUAAAGGAAGAGCUGGGGGCUCCGCUGCGCUCUCGCCGAGAGCCCGACUUGUACCGGUCCAAGCGCGUCCUCAGUUCUUCCGUGUUCGACCACGUACUGUUAUCGGAGCACAAGGCCACCCUGUUGGAGCAUGGCCGGAAGUUGUCUGCGUCGCUGCCGCGGUUGCCGCUGGAGAAGCUGAACCAGUUGAAGGAUUCCAAGGCGAUCCGGGAGCCCGUGUUCGACAUGCCCAAGACGCGGGGGACGAAGGGAUGGUUGUCGAUCGGACCCUCCCGCGCUCCUGCCUCGUGGCCGAGGACGGCGGACCUGACUGAAACCAUGUUGACGGCGGACGGAGUCUCAAUCCAGAAAAUGAACGAGCGACAAGAGGCGGAUUUCCUGACUGUCGAGUGGGAGGACUGGCAGGGACACCGACAGACGGCGCACUUGAGUUUGUCGGACGCGACUGGAAACCUCAAGACGAACACGCUCCAGGAUGCGCGGAUGACACCGCCGAAAGCAUUACUAGGCUUCCUCAGUUUCUGGAGCGGAACCGUGGGUACGAGUCGUUUGGCCGAGACUACGUUGACAAAAAGGUUGGUGGACGAGAUCAAUGUUACAAAAAGGUCGAAUGUAAGCGACCGGUCGACUGUGGACGACAGGCCGCGCGUAGGUAGCCGUUCCAGCUCGGGCAUGCGGUCCAAUGUGGAGGCAGCCGGUGCGGGUUUGAGUAGCCGCCGGCGAGUGUUGGAGUCCCGAGGGUCGCGGCCGCGAUCGGUUCACAUCCGCGUGGAAAGCGGCAAGGGAUCGCGACUGUCGUGGUGGAGCGGUAGCAUCUUGGCGACAGUGAUGGAGUCUUGUGCGGAGGAGGCGCGUCAGGCGGCGGAGUUCUUGGCCAGCACACAGUUCGUGGACGACCUGGAGAUCGGGAGUUCGUGCGGCGAGCGGUGGCUGUUGCACUUGUCCGAUCCGGACCUGGUGGACGAGCAGAGUGCUGAGCAGCGCAGGCUGGACGGUGGGGCGGUGGCGCUGGGGGUAGCCAGUCACCUAGUGGACCUGAGUCACGUUUUCAGCCAGGACGACGGCUUCGACGUGUUCAUCGACCCCUUUGUGACGCGCAACUUCUUAUCGCGGGGGCUGGCGGACAUUGGCAGCGUGAUAGUGAAAGGCACGGUCCAAGACGCAGCAAUUGCAUCGGUAAGCACCGCUGGGUUCGGUUCACCAGUGCUUUUUUUAGUCUUUGUGGAACGACUGUGA